UGUGUCACUGAAAAAAAUACUGGCCAUAGAUUGAACACAGCACUCAGCUCUCUAACUGUUUAGGAACAUAAAACCCAAAUUUUAAAACCACUCAUUUGUGUUAUAAAGUGGAUCCCAAAACUUUAGAUCAAGAAAAUAAAUCCCCUCACAAGUCUUUUGCCGAGACCAAAUAUACAGUGUGUUCCUGUGGGAGCCCACUGCUUUUUUUUGGGUAGCUGGAGUAAUGACUUUUUCUAUUGCCACUUUCCUUCCAGAUAUAAAAUUCAUAUAAAAAUGGUUGGAUAUUUUGUGGAAAACGCGGAGCAAAUGCUGAUAGAGGUGCCGGAGUUUAACAAGUCAAACUAACCACCAAAGAAAGCAGGCCUUGUUGAAUGGGUUUUCAAUGCUGAGACCACUUCUCUAUCUCUCUCUCUCUCUCUAAAGACUUAAAAGGCCUUUCUUCUUCUUCUCUCAACCUUCACAGAGAACACAACCACCUUCAUCUGAUCCUUAUUGUUUCUAGCCUCCUCUAGGGUCUCUCACCACCCACCGAUCUAUUUAUUCAGUCCGACACCAACAAAUACUGGCAGCAGCUUUGUGCCCUAUCGUACCCAUUUCCGGAGCUGAGUUACCAGUUGGCCAGAUCAAAGUUUCAAUAGUUCCAUUUCAAAAUCCGGCAACUCACACCAAAGCCUGGUGAGUACUGAACAAUUAACAAAAGGUUUGUGAGUUUAAUGCUUGUUUGACCAAAUUCUAGUCAUUCUCAUCCUACUCAAUUGAACCUCUACAAAUUUCUCAGAUUGUCAGAGAGAGAUUUCUGCACUCUCUGGCCAAUCUAACCAAAACCUGGCGAUAUCCUAUUGAUUGUAAGAAAUUUAAUCUAUUCAUUGUUGACCCCAAAACCAAAUUCGGCUAGGUUUCACUAUAAACCCCAAAAAACUCAGGCAAUCGUAACCAAAUUCUCGGGCAACUCAAAUCUAAAUCAGCCCAUUUCCCUUUAAAUCCUUGGAAAAAGUCCCUUUUAACCCCAAAAAGUUCAGGCCAAUCCGAAUCAAAUUCCAUCAAUUCCUUGUGAUCCAAAAAAGAGCUUAGGCAAUUCCUGAUCAAAUUCUGGUGACUCCCCACCAUGAAUGACCUUUUCUCAAGCUCCUUCAACCGCCAAGCCCAGCCCGACCUCGAGGCAGGAGGUCCUGGCACAGAGAUGCGACGCGGGCCCCACAGGGAUGGGGCCACUGUUAACCUAGACCAGUUCUUCUCUGAUGUUGAGGCCCUUAAAGAUGAGCUCCGAGCAAUUGAGUCCCUCCACUCGCACCUCAAGGAGGCCCAUGAGGAGAGCAAAACCCUACACGAGCGAGCCUCAGUGCGGGCCUUGCGAACCCGAAUGGACUCUGAUGUGAGCCAAGCUGUUCGUCGUGCCAAGCUCGUGAAGGUUCGGCUUGAGGCGCUGGACCGAGCCAAUGCAGCUCACCGAGUUCAGCCCGGGUGUGGACCUGGCUCAUCGACCGAUCGCACCCGCACCUCUGUAGUAAGUGGUCUUCGAAAAAAACUCAGGGACUUAAUGGAGGAGUUUCAAUCACUAAGAAACACUAUACAAGGUGAAUAUCGAGAAACCAUAGAGAGAAGGUAUUUUACGGUUACUGGAGAGAAACCGGACGAGGCCAUGCUUGAUAGGCUAGUUUCGACCGGAGAGGGUGAGAACUUCAUGAGAAGAGCUUUGCAAGAGGGGGGGAGAGGGCAAAUUCUGGAUGUCAUUUCAGAGAUUCAAGAGAGAAGAGAUGCAGUUAAAGAGUUGGAGAAGAGCUUGGUUGAGCUGCAUCAGGUCUUUAUGGACAUGUCGGUUUUGGUGAAUGCGCAAGGCGAGCAGCUCGAUAAUAUUGAGAGUCAUGUUGAGAGGGCAAAUUCGUAUGUGAGGGGAGGAACGCAACAGUUGGAGACUGCAAGGAAGCAUCAGAAGAGCACUAGGAAAUGGACUUGCAUCGGUAUAGUUGUGCUCUUGGUCAUCCUCCUCAUCAUCCUCCUACCAAUUCUACUAAGGAAUACAAACAAUGGUGGAAACAACAAUGGCACCGCACAACCGUAGUUAUUAGCGGCAUUUUGUUCAUCUUCUUUCUGUUUUCUUCUUUUUUUUUCCUUUUUUUUGUUUGUAGUGUGGGGUGUUCAUACCUGAUCAUCAUUUUGUGCUUGAGUGGUAUACAUGAUAAUGGAUUUGAUUUCCUACAUUGACAUCA